UACACACACAUACAUGCAAUAACUAAACAUCUAUUGUCAAGAAGUAAAAGCUGAGCUCUUUUGAUUCCAUUCUCAGUUGUAGCUUUAUUUCAUAUAGUAAAAUCGGUAAGAAUGGGUUGUAAUUCGGUUUCAAGUCUGCUCGCUUUUUUGGAGUUAGUAGUAUCUUUGGCUGCCUUAAUUGUCAAAAAGCUCACCGACAGCCAAGGCGAGCAAGUUAAUAAAAGAAACCAAAAAUUAUCAGCUGAAUGGAGCUUGCUUAAUAACUUAAAUUGGUCCCAGGCUGGAAAUGACUUCAGCAUACUAACGUAUGGUGGAUACACCUUUAUAUCUGGGGCUUUUUUGCUGUCAAGAGUAAUAACAGACAAAUUUGAGAGAUGUGAGCAAAUAUUGUUAUACUGUGGAGUAAUAUUCUUUUUCACCGAAGCUUGUUUGGUAUUCGGAACGUUGGAGUACAUACCAGUUGAUAUUGAAAAAAAUGCUCUUGUUCUUGGUACUCUAUCAGCCAUAGGAGCAAUUUUAUUCUUCAUUGAUAUCUGCUACAAAUCCUCUUCAAAUCACAAUGUCUCUAAGGAAGUGCAAACUGAGCUUGGACACACAAUAUCGCAGGACUUUUCUGAUACUCCACCAAAGAGGUAUCCGCAUUCAAAAUCAGUUCAAAUGUGUCCAUCUGUAAAUGGACUAUACGUAAAACCAAAAUUAAUAAAUUUUCGAAAAUUUCAAAAAAAGGUCCCUAUAGAAAAGUAUUCCAAAACAAAUGUUUUACAAACGGACGUCUAGUCGUUUGAAACGAGUAAAAAUUAUAUAGUUUACACAUUUAUAAAAAGUUCAAAAUCGAAUAUUGUGAAAGUUUUAGAACUAAUGCUUAGUUAAUCAUCAAUUUUAAAAACAAAAUGUAUAAUUAUUGAAGUCAUUGUCAUUGCAAAUAAACAAAUCCAAUGAAAUUAUUAAAAUUUAAACUGUGAUUGCCUAUGAGUUUGAAUGCCAAGAAUAACUUGCUUUAAGAUAAAAUUCUUAAAACAAAACCACUGUAAAAUU